AUGAUACGAUCGCUAACCAUAUUCGCCUUGGUGGUAAGCUGUGCCUUUGCCGGUUUCUUGCCCGAUGAUUUGGAUGGUCGUAUUGUCAAUGGUGUUGACACCACCAUUGAACAGCACCCCUAUCAGGUGUCGUUGCAAACGAACAGCGGCAGCCAUUUCUGUGGUGGUUCCAUUAUCGCCGAAGAUGUUGUGGUGACAGCUGCCCAUUGCAUGCAAAGUUAUAGUGCCAGCCAGUUCAAGGUGCGUCUUGGUUCCACAACCUAUAACAAAGGCGGGGAUUUGGUUGCUGUAAAAUCUUUUAAAUACCAUGAAGGUUACAAUCCCAAAACUAUGGUCAAUGAUAUUGCUGUCAUUAAAUUGGCUACUCCGGUUCGUGAAUCGUCCCGCGUCCGUUAUCUGCAAUUGGCUGAAAAGACUCCGGCCACCGGAACUCCGGCUGUGGUGACUGGUUGGGGCACAAAAUGCUUCUUGACCUGCUCAACUUUGCCAACAACCUUGCAGGAGGUUGAAGUUGAUAUUGUCGAUGAAAAGGCUUGUGCUUCGUCGGAAUUUAAAUAUGGCUCCCAGAUCAAGGAAACUAUGGUGUGCGCCUAUGCCGUUAAGAAGGAUGCUUGCCAGGGAGAUUCUGGUGGUCCAUUGGUGUCGGGCGGUAAAUUGGUUGGUGUUGUCUCUUGGGGUAUUGGCUGCGGCAAGGAAGGGUAUCCUGGUGUCUACGCUGAUGUACCUUCACUACGCAGCUGGGUUGAAAAAACCGCUAAGGCUUUGUAA